UUUUGUCUGGGGGUCCUGCAAAGAGACACACACAGGGGGCACUGCCAAGUGGAAUAUCUAUAUGAGAAGCAUUGGGUGCUGCCAAUCAGAUCGCUACCAUCUGCACCCCUUUAGGAAGAGGCACGCACUGGGUUUUACCAACUGGAUCACUACUAUCUACACCCUCUGAGCGAGAGAGACAUGCACAGGGUGCUGCCAACUGGAUCGCUACUAUUUCCACUGUCUUUGGGAGAAACACUCAUAGGGUGCUGCCAACUGGAUCGCUACUAUUUCCACUGUCUUUGGGAGAGACACUCAUAGGGUGCUGCCAACUGGAUCACUACUAUUUCCACUGUCUUUGGGAGAAACACUCAUAGGGUGCUGCCAACUGGAUCACUACUAUUUCCACUGUCUUUGGGAGAAACACUCAUAGGGUGCUGCCAACUGGAUCACUACUAUUUCCACUGUCUUUGGGAGAGACACUCAUAGGGUGCUGCCAACUGGAUCGCUACCAUGUUCACUCUUUUUGGAUGAGGUGCACAAAGGGUGCUGCCAACUGGAUCUUUACAAUUUACACCUUCUGUGAGAGACUUACAGAAGGUUCUAAUAACACAAAGGUAUUCCAAGCUUACUCCAUAGUGUCCCAUCUGCAGGGAGUGCAGUGGCACCUUUAUCUCAUGUGGCAUGGGCAUACAGAAUACUAUUCUAACUGAAGCCUUGCUUGCUCUGCUAGCUGCACCCUGAUCUGGGCAGGCAUAGAAAGGGUACAAGCAUUAAGGCCCGGGUGGAAUCCAGAGAUUGCUACAGACUGAGCUUUCUUCAGAAGAGACAAAGCAGGGUCAUCGCUGCCUAGAAAACCACUAGUAUUCGGCUUGGUUUAUGAGGUGGCACAGUAGGUGUGUAUGCCAAUCUUGAGGCCUGCAAAGCUCACUCAUAAGGGACAUAGCUAAAGAAUUGUUCUGCUAGGGAGGUUUAAUAAAGGAUACUACAUUGUAAGAGUUCUUCCAGAGUGACAUAGAAGGGGUACUACAGACUGAGUAUUCUGAUAGGGUGGCACAGAAGAGAUACUGCUGGCAGUGCAUUGUAAUAGGGUGGCACAAGACCUCACUGGUAUUAGUGUGAAACAUAUGGAGCAAAGUUAGGAAAUGAAUGUAGUGCAAGAGGAUGGGGGGAGGUUCGGGGAGUUCCCGUCCUGUAAGUAACAAACAUCUGCCAGUGGGUCAGGACUUUUAGGGUUCUGAGAAAACUUGCCCCUCCAGCAUUCUGCAUACUUUCCUGUACAAAGGGCCCUGGAAGUGUUUCCCCCACCUAUGCCCCCGGGGUCUGUACCUGCAAGCUGGUACCUGAACACAAACUCUACUGCAUGUUCCCCCCAGGACAGGGCUGGUAAUUUGCUGUAGGAUCUUCCAUGAGAGGUGCCCCAUCAAAGGUAAUAUAUUGCCCACCGUUCCCCCUCUAUAAAGCCAUCACAGCCACAUCCCAGCCAUGUUAUUUCCACACCAUCUACAUGACUCUGACUACAAAAAGGUUAGACAGUCAUGUGUCUCAGUUCUAUCAGUGCUCCUCUCAGUGGUAUCUGUUGUAUCAGUACACCUCUCAGUAGUAUCAGUGGUAUCAGUACUCCUCUCAGUAGUAUAAGUACUCCUCCCAGUGCUAUUAGUGGUAUCAGUACUCGUCUCAGUGCUAUUAGUUGCAUCAGUACUCCUCUCAGUGGUAUCAGUACUCGUCUCAGUGCUAUUAGUUGUAUCAGUACUCCUCUCAGUGGUAUCAGUACCCCUUUCAGUGCUAUUAGUGGUAUCAGUACUCCUCUCAGUGGUAUCAGUGCUAUCAGUACUCCCUCUCAAUGCUAUUUGUUGUAACAGUACUCCUCUCAGUGCUAUUAGUGGUAUACCUAGAGUAGAAUCCUAAGUGCGUGAAGACUAUAUUCAACUGGAGUCCCACUGGCCCCUAAUUGUAGGUUCCACCACACAAGGCUCACCCUCAAAAUUCCUCCCAACUCAAUUCAACAUUAUGGCAGACAUUAUUAACUAAGUUCCCCCAAACCAAUGGCAGUAGCACAUUUACCCCUUCCAGAAAUGGUACAACCGCUUUACAGCCAAUAACAGCUCUACUACCCAGAUUAGAUAUGAAAUUAGCUAUUGAAACCAAAGUAGAUAUGGUAUAAUCAAUGCAAGCUGCAGAGAACCCAUAAAGAUAGGGUGUAGCUCUGGAACCAAGCCCAGAAAUAUACUAAUGAGAGAAUAAGCUCUGGAACCAAGCCUGGAAAUGGUCUAAUGAGUGGAUUAGCUCUAGAACCAAUACCAGAAAUGGACUAAUGAAUGGAUUAGCUCUAGAACCAAGACCAUAAAUUGACUAAUGAGUGGAUUAACUCUAGAAACAAGUCCAGAAAUGAACUAAUGUGUGGAUUAGCUCUAGAACCAAUAACAGAAAUAUACAAAUGAGAGGAUUAGCUCUAGAACCAAGCCUAGAAAAUGUAUCACAAGUCCAAUAGUUUUGAUACAACUGCCCAAUUGAUACACUGAAAAACACGUAACUUCUAUGUGUAGUGUACAAUAUAGUUAAAAUUCUACCCAGUUAGUAAUAUCUACAAAUUACUUGUAGUCCAGCUCACCUGGGACAAAUGGUCCAAAGUGCAUCUAGAUCCCAGCCCAGGUGCUGAACUCAGAUUGGCAGGUCUCAAAACUUUAUGGACAACAUUAGGAUGGCAGAAGAUUCUCAUGGUCAUCAUGAGCCCAUCAGCUUUGGCAUUGACCAGAUUCUGAACAGCCCAGAGCAGGCUACUGGUUACCUAUCUCUGAGAACUAACCAAGAAGAUUACCAGGGAAACAGUAAUGUCUACACUGGAGGCUACAGCACCAUCUACACUUCCACCAGCACCUCAUACCUGACCAUGAGGAUGGAAGUGGAUCCCAGUCCGGUCGGGGUCAUCAGGGUGCCAGCUCACCAUCCUCUCCACCACACCCAUUCACAAGGGACCCCCAGCAACCCAUUGCCUGGUCUCACCUUUCCAUGGAUGGAGAGUCCAAAGAAGCUUGGGAAGGACAGGGUGACAGCUGUGUUGACCCCAUUUUCUGCCACCCGUCGGAUUGGGCACCCUUAUCAGAAUCGAACCCCACCAAAGAGGAAGAAGCCAAGGACCUCCUUCAGCCGCUUGCAAAUCUGUGAGCUGGAGAAGCGAUUCCAUCGGCAGAAAUAUCUGGCGUCUGCGGAGCGAGUGUCACUUGCCAAGACUCUACGUAUGAGCGACUCUCAGGUCAAGACCUGGUUCCAGAACCGCAGGACCAAAUGGAGGCGGCAGACGGCGGAGGAGCGGGAAACUGAGCAUCAACAGAGCAGCCGAAUGAUGCUACAACUCCAACAAGAAGCCUACCAGAAGACCCUUUCACAAAGUCUGCCAAGAGAUCCCUUGUGUGCUCACAACUCCUCCCUCUGCGCCCUACAAAACCUCCAGCCAUGGGCCGAACAGAACCUCAGUGUAUGAUGGGUGCUUUCAUUGACUUUUGAGUCAUCCAGCUAGGGCCCUGCACUGAUUUAUUUCAAGGGGCCCCAAUAUGUGACAUCAGAGCAUAGGCCACACAGUGCAAGCUAGGGGACCUUCAGGAGCCUCAGAAAGGAGACAAUUUGAAAACUCUGUGGACCUCUUGUAAACUUGAUCAGUUGGGAGGUCCUCCAUGUCUGUUGGACUGAAUAUCACAAGGAACUCCCUAUAUAGCCUGAUGGCACUGACCCCAUGGAGUGGGUAUGGAUUGCUUGUGUCAUUGUGAAGGAAAGCAGGCCUCGGUUCUGUUUGUAACCUACACAAAAUCUGUCAUGUAAUGAAAUUCUUAUUGCUCCCAAUAAAUAUGUAUAAAGGGUUCAAUCCAGCACCACCCCACUCCAUUGUAACUCACUUAUACAAUACAGUGUGUGUGCUAGGUGUGUGUAUGUGUGUAUGUGUGCAAUGUGAUUGCGUGUAUGUAAGGGUGGUGUGUGUAAGCAUGUGGGGGUGCAUUGGAGAUGUCCAUUGUGGGUUGCAGGUGUAUGUAUUGACUAGUGCAGCGGGAGAAGCCAAUAUGCCUUUUUCCACAUCCCUGUGCCAAGAGAAUAAUAGGAGAAAACACUCUAGAAGGGAAUCCAUUACCCGGAG